AAAACCAAACAACGCAAUUUUACAUUCAGCCAAGAGAGAAAAAAAAGAAAAUAAAAAUUGACGUAAAGAGAAAAUAAUAAAUAACAAAUACUAAACAUCAAGUAUAUAUAAAAAUAAUAAAUAAUAACUUUGUGUUUUUAAGUGUAUAAAUUUGUGUUUUAAAUAAACAACAAUAUAUAUUAUUAUUAAUAAAUGUAAAUAUUAAUAAAAUAUUAUGUAUUGCUACGUUGGCGAUGAGUAAUAUUCAGGACGUAAAUUCGUCAUGUUGAUUUAUCAAUUAAUCAUCAACAAAAAAUAUAAUAAAACAUAAUUUUCUAAUAAUUAUAAAUUACAAAUAAAUUAUUUAAUUAAAAAUCAAUAAAAAAAAUUAAAUAUUAAAUAUUAAAAUUGAAAAUAAUGGAGGCUGAUUAUCAACCAAGUCCAGCUCGAGGAUUGACAGGUAUCUCAAAUGACAGUGAAGAUCCUUAUCCAAGUCUCUCUGAUUAUCACGACUAUGAGCCAAAUUUAGAGUUUGAUGACACUGAAUUACAAACAACUGCCAACAAUGCAGCACAAUUGUUGGAAGAAAAGCUGGAUUUGAGUAGUGGAGUUACUGGUAAUGUUAUAGAUUAUUUAGAGAGUCCAGUUAGUGAUGGUACAAUUGAAGAAAAUUUUGAAGAAGCAUUAGUUAAUGCUCCAGUCAUUGAAACUGCUGAAGAUUUAGCAGCACUAGAUGAAGAACUAACUGAUGAUGAAGAUUAUCAGGAUAUUGCUAGAUUAGGAAUUGUUGAAGUUGUUGGUGAUGAUAGUGCUGGUAGAAAAGUUAUAAUUGUAUCAGCAUGUAAAUUACCAAGUGGACGUGAUGUAUUUAAUCAUGCAAAAUUGUUACGUUAUUUAACACAUACACUUGAUAAAUUUGUUGAACAAGAUUAUAGCUUAGUUUAUUUUCAUCAUGGGCUAACAUCUAAAAAUAAACCAUCAUUAUCAUGGUUAUGGCAAGCAUAUAAAGCAUUUGAUAGAAAAUAUAAAAAAAAUUUAAAAGCAUUAUAUCUUGUUCAUCCAACAAAUUUUAUAAGAAUUGCUUGGCAAAUAUUUAAACCAGCAAUAAGUGUUAAAUUUGGUAAAAAAAUGAUGUAUGUUAAUUAUUUAGAUGAACUUGCACAAUUUAUUAAUUUAGAUCAAUUAAUAAUUCCUCAACAAGUUAUUGAUCAUGAUGAACAAUUAAUGAUGAAAAAUCGUAAAACAGUACCAAAACCACAAACAGUAUGUCACUUGGUUCCAAUAUCAACGACACAAUUUGGUGUUAGUUUACAAUUUAUUAAAGAUAAUAAUGGUGGUGAUCCAAUACCACAAAUUGUACGACAAUGUAUUGAAUUUCUUGAUACACCAGAUGCACUUGAAACUGAAGGAAUAUUUCGUAGAUCAGCAAAUGUUAAAAUGGUUAAAGAAUUACAAAAUUAUUGUAAUCAAGGUUUACCAGUUGAUUUUAAAGGUGAUCCACAUAUUGCUGCUGUAUUAUUAAAAACAUUUUUACGUGAACUUGAAGAGCCAUUAAUGACAUUUGAAUUAUACGAUGAAAUAUCAAAAUUUCAAACAUUAUCUAAAGAUGAAAGACCUAGAAAAGUUAAAAUACUUGUACUUGAAAAAUUACCAGAGGAUAAUUAUCAAUUAUUAAAAUAUAUUGUACAAUUUUUAUCAAGAGUUAUGGAUAGAUGUGAUUUAAACAAAAUGACAUCUAGUAAUUUAGCUGUUGUGUUUGGUCCAAAUUUAGUUAGAGCACCAGCAACUGUUAGUAUGUCUUUAUCAGCAAUUGGACCAAUUAAUCAAUUUAUUGAUUUUCUAUUUGCUUAUCAAGAUAAAAUAUUUAUUAUUUAAAUUUAUACAUAUAUAUUUUUUAUUUAUUUGAAAAUCAAAGAUUAAGAAAUUUAUCAAAUAUAUAUUUUCCAUUUUUUUUUUUUUUUUCCUUUUCGUGGCCUAAUUUACAAAUAGUUGAUUAAUUAUUAAAGAGAAAUAUUGAUUAAUAUAACGUCUAAAAGACAGUAUUUAAUGGCUACAAAUUUUUAAUAUUAAUGCAUAAUUUCGUCGUCGAAAAUUUCGAUUUAUCCUGUAUAACAAAAUAAUAAUUUUUAAUUGUUUUUUUUUAUGAUUAGCUUUGAUUUUUAAAAGUGAAUGAAAAAAAAAAAAACCUAGUCACAAUUGAAAGCACAAUGAAAGUCUAAAUCUUGAUGAAAAAAAAUUAUUUAAAUUAGAGAAAUUAUUAUAAAUGUAUAUUUAAAAAAAAAACAAAAAAAAAUGGUGUCAAAUAUUUGUACUGAUACUUUUUUUUUUAUUUCUGGAUGUAUACCAAAGAUAGAAUGAAAACUCAAUGCCCUUAAUAUAAUGAUAAAUUGUAGAAUUAUAUUAAAGAAAAAUAGUUAAAAAUUAAUUUGAAAAAUUUUUUAAAUUAAGUAAUAAAAAAUAAGAUAAAUUUUGUUAAACGGGAUGCCUUAGAUAAUUGCACUAAAUGUAGAUUAAACCAAGUUAAAAUUUGUUUUUAUAUAUAAAAAAAAAUGAAAAAAUAACAAUAUUUAAAUUAAAAUUUGUUAUAAAAUCUCGAGGGUAAAUAACAACAAGAGAUAAAAUAAAAAAAACUAAAGUAAAAUAUUUUUUUUUUAAGCUAAACAUUCCAUCAAUGAAUUUCUUUUGUUUAAUUUUAAUUAAUAAUUACUAUCAACAAUUAAUACCGGCCAUUAAACAUGUGUAUUUAACAACCGGUCAUAUCCAAACGAAUAAAUAAAUUUAAACAUGUAAAUAUCGAAUAAUUGUAUUUUUAAGUGUAAAAAAAAAAAAACAAUAUAUAUACAUAAACAAUUAAAAAAUUAAAACCAAUAUCAUUGAUGAAUAGUUUUUUUUUUUUUUUUUUAAAUGUAACAACAAACUAGCUAUUAUUUUCUAUCAACGAAAAAAAAUGAUACGAAUUUAUAAAUAAUAAAAAUUGAUUAAAAUAAAUUAGAUAUUUGUUAAAGUAUAAACAAUUGUCCAAUUAAAUUAUUUCCUAUUUUUUAAUUAUGCAUUGUAUGUCAUAAUAAUAAUAAUAAAUUUAUUAUUAACAAAAAUUAAUAAACAGUAUUUAAAAAAGAAAUCAAAGACAAAAACAGUUAAAUUAAUUUGAAUUUAUUUUGAUAUUGUUGACUUAAUGUUUAUUUAUAAAAAAAAAUAAUGUUUAUAAUAGUUAAUAAAUAAACAAUAUAAUUAUAAAUUUAUAUUAUAAUAA